AUGCUCCGGAGGRUCCUCGUGCAGCUGUCGCUGAACAGCAUGAAAUGCGCCGGUAUCUGCAUCGGGCGCCCGGCCCUGCUCACCAGCGCGCUGGGAAGGCAAGAGGUCUGUACUGCUUGGCCCACAGCAGGCUUCCCGGGAGGGAAGGUUGGGCUCAGUGAAACCACGCAGAAGAACCUGAGGGUGAAUCCUGGAGAUGCAGUCACGGUGCAGCCUGUGACUGGGGCGGUCAUCCAGGCUGAGGAGGUAGAUGUGAAGCUGAGAGACAAGGAUGCCUCUGUUAAUGCUGAGGAAAUGUCUGUCUGUCUACUGAGAAACCUAG